AUGUCGCGACGUGGCUACUAUCGUGCCGAAGAGGAAAUCGUACAAGGUAUGCGUGUGAACAGGCCAAAAAAACAAUGGUGUGAAUGAAUUUGAUCGAUUUCAAUGCAUGAUGCAUUCAUUCAUUCAUUCACUAUGCAAAUAUCAUCUCUAUCGGGCCCCCAGUUUGCAUGCCAUUUUUUUUACUCGUUUCCUUCCCUUCCCUUCUAUCAUUCCGUUCAUUUAUUUCCAAAAAAAACUAUUACAAUUUCACACCACAUUUUUGUGCCCCGUUUUCCAGAAAAGAUCCUCCACCGCGAUCCGGGCAUUUUCGAGGAGAACUACGCGUCGAAACCGCCGUCGCGACGCUCAUCGUACGGAAAGAAUCCGGAGAGUGUGGUGAAUCAGAAGCACGCGCAGCCACUCCCGUCGCCACUCCAUUCGCCCGUCAAAAUUGGGAACCGCAGCGGAAACACGCGUCGGGAGUCGGAGCCCAGUGAGUUUUGAUCGUGUAGAACGGGCGCAUGUAUCUCGUUGGUGAGUAGAGAUAUGAAAAAGUUGUCAACUAAGAAAAUGUUCAUCAAGACUUGCUGUACAUUUUGUCUGUUGACAACUUUUUGAUAUCUCUACCCGCGACUGAGAUAAAUCGCUUUGAAUGCAUGGUGUCAGACUUCAGUUUCAUAAAUGAAACAUAACAGCUCUGACAUUUCAAAAUUGGGGGGGAAAAAAAAAACGUGGCCGCUCCUUUCAUUUCCAUCCAUUGUUCGGCUAAUCGGAAUCUUCCAGAAAUGGCGCCGGUCCGCUCGAACUCUCGCGGCUCCUCCUCUUCAUCCGACGAGGAUCUGGGCACGCGUUCGGUCACCGUCUCGAUUCUCAAAGAUUCGGGAACAAAAGUCGAGAUUAUGCUGAAGGCGCACGGGCUGAAAAAGAAGAAGAGCCUGCUCAACUCGCUCGUCACCGCCUUCAAAAAGGUUCGGUUUCGUUUUGCACCCGCCCUGGAACCUCAUUGAUCGCAUUUUCAGCCGAGCCAACCGUCUCGUCUGUUGGCGAACGGAAAAUUCACGGAAUUCGUGCUCACCGAGCAUUCGCUCCGAUUUCUGCUAGAGGUGAAGACUGACAAAAAGAAGAAGAAGGGUACGUUCGAGUUUUUGAGCCGAUAACGCGCGUUUUUUUUAAGGAAACGGCAAUCGAUUGGACACGUUUUUGUGCGAAGUGAAGAGGUUCCCGACUGACGUGAAUCCGGACAGCGCUGAAUUUGAGGUUGGCACUAGUUUUUACGAGGGCAUGAGCCAGAAAAGUGUUUCUUCAGGUGUUGGAGCCCGCGUCGGGAGAAGCGUUCAUCCUGCUGACGCUCAUCAAAACCGGAAAUCUUUCGACAAACUGGAAAGAGUUUCUCGACUCGAACGGAACCAUCGAUGUCACAAUGAUCUAG